GACUGACGUACCCUAAUCUUACAUGAAUGGUGGUAGUUGGCCCCGACAUACAAACCAAGUUACUGUAUUACGUUCUGCCGAAGAUACUGAGUAACGGUUCGAAGGUGUAAACAAGGGACUUUGGAAUUCCACUGUGGUCAUUUUGGGGAAUGAUUGUGGAUAUUUGACAUGGGAGACCAGACAAUGCCAGAGGCCUCAGCAGCUGCAGUAGAGGAGCUUCUUCCUCCAGAUGUUGGGGCGUCUUCAAAGAAGAGGCAUGUCUCUUUGAAGAUCGUGUUUCUGAAGAUCAGCAACAUUGACACCAUCAAGGAGGAGUACUCGGCAGACAUCUUCCUCUCAGCCAGAUGGCGGGAACCUGCACUAGACAGCACCAACAAGGAGAAAAUCAAAUGGGAGUCGUACUUCGACCCCAAGCUCAACAUCCAGAACAACAUCGGGGAGUUGAAGCAGACGACGUGGCGGGAGUUGCAGACGGAGGCGGGAGGGGAGACGUAUGUGAUCGAGAGACGCCGCAUCAAGGGCAAGUUCUUCGAGAAGCUGGAACUGCAGGAAUUUCCCUUUGACAUCCAAGAUCUCUCCAUCCGCAUCACCAGCGAAUCCCCGCCGACUGAUGUGGAGCUUAUGGAGUUCACUUCGACCGUCAGCCACGUCAACGUGGACAGCUUUGUUGAUCAGCAGGAGUGGGGGUUGUACGACUUCGUGGUGGGCGAGCAGCGUCUCACGCCCAAUGAAUACAGCAGCGUCAAGUACAAACGUCCUGGCUUCGUCUUCCGGUGCUGCGCAGUCAGGAGGGUCGGCUACUUCACUUGGAACAUCAUGUUGGUCAUUGCGAUGAUAAGCUCCCUGGCAUUUGCCACCUUCUCCGUUGACCGCAAGCUGCCCCAGAACCGCCUCCAGCUGUCCUUCACCUUGGUCCUCACCAUGGUGACCUUCAAGUUCGUGGCCUCGCAAUCAGUUCCCAAGCUGUCCUAUCUGACGUAUCUGGACCGUUACAUCCUUCUGUCGAUGUCGUUCCUGUUCCUGGUCUGCUGUUGGCACGCCGUCGUGACAUUGUACAAUCACGACGACGCCAUCGCUGGCCUGAUGGACCACUACGCCUUCUUCACCUUCGUUGGUGUGUAUCUGUUCGGGCAGCUGACUUUCCUACUCAUCGUGGGGACAAAGUUUCUGAUAAAAAAGAAACAGAAGGAACGCACUGAGGAAGAAUAUCAGAAAAAAGUUGAAAGUAUGCCGAUGGAGGAGCGACCACAAAAGCGGAAACGAAGACGUAAGCAUCUGAUGAAGAUCACCCCGUUCACAUAAACAUGUCGGCGUUGUCAACCACCUAGUUUGGUGACGUUUGGGAUGGUGCCGUGUGUGCGGAAUGUCUGAGUCAUCGCGCUCUCUUUAUCCCAAUAUAAACAUUUGAACUUAACCAUGUGAUUUAGACAGACACUAGAAUGUGUAUCAAAGUGGAUUUCUGUUUGGUAUUGGGAAUGAGUGAUUGAGCGAGUGAGUGGUUGAUUGAGUUGGUGAGAGUGAGUGAGUGAGUGAGUGUACCAUGGAACAUGGAAUGUGAUCGGUCAAUUGGUCGGCCUCCAUGCGAGCGGUGUACGAUCACACAACAAAACAGCCAGGUAUCAUCUGAAAUGUGACUUUCUCAAUUCAUGACCGAGUCUCAGGAGUACAACAAAAUUGUGUCAUAAGAAUAACAGGAUGUUUGGGUGAUUACAACGUAUGACUAGAUAUCACCGUAUUCCUACAUCGUGGAUUGCUGCUCAUGCAAUCACCCACUAGUGUGUCUAGAUUCAAGCCCUUACGGGUCAAUAUUCAACUGUACGUUAAUGCUGACCCUUCAUUGAGUCACUCUGUAGCCACACUCACCAGCCACAGUGGCUACACGAUCCCCGUUAUGGAUCACAACUGUGUCCCCUCCAACAUUCACCGACACACAAUGGCAACACGAUCCCCGUUAUAGGUCACAAGUGUGUCCGCUCCAACAUUCACCGACACACAAUGGCAACACGAUCCCCGUUAUAGGUCACAAGUGUGUCCGCUCCAACAUUCACCGACACACAGUGGCAACACGAUCCCCGUUAUGGAUCACAAGUGUGUCCGCUCCAACAUUCACCGACACACAAUGGCAACACGAUCCCCGUUAUAGGUCACAAGUGUGUCCGCUCCAACAUUCACCGACACACAAUGGCAACACGAUCCCCGUUAUGGAUCACAAGUGUGUCCCCUCCAACAUUCACCGACACACAGUGGCAACACGAUCCCCGUUAUGGAUCACAAGUGUGUCCGCUCCAACAUUCACCGACACAUAGUGGCAACACGAUCCCCGUUAUGGAUCACAAGUGUGUCCGCUCCAACAUUCACCGACACACAGUGGCAACACGAUCCCCGUUAUGGAUCACAAGUGUGUCCGCUCCAACAUUCACCGACACACAGUGGCAACACGAUCCCCGUUAUGGAUCACAAGUGUGUCCGCUCCAACAUUCACCGACACACAGUAGCAACACGAUCCCCGUUAUGGAUCACAAGUGUGUCCCCUCCAACAUUCACCGACACACAGUGGCAACACGAUCCCCGUUAUGGAUCACAAGUGUGUCCCCUCCAACAUUCACCGACACACAGUAGCAACACGAUCCCCGUUAUGGAUCAUAAGUGUGUCCCCUCCAACAUUCACCGACACACAGUGGCAACACGAUCCCCGUUAUAGGUCACAAGUGUGUCCCCUCCAACAUUCACCGACACACAGUGGCAACACGAUCCCCGUUAUAGGUCACAAGUGUGUCCCCUCCAACAUUCACCGACACACAGUGGCAACACGAUCCCCGUUAUA